AUGGACCUAGAUAUACUGCAAGUCUUCCAGAGGGAAAUCACCUGUGCCAUCUGCCUGAACUACCUUAUAGACCCAGUCACCAUAGGCUGUGGACACAGCUUUUGCAGACCCUGCCUCUAUCUCUCCUGGGAAGGAUCCCAAAAUUCUUCCCACUGCCCAGAGUGCAGAGAACCAUCACAGCAGAGAAAGUUCAAAACCAAUAUUGUUCUGAAGAAUCUGGUGUCCAUUGCCAGAAAGGCCAGUCUCUCGCAAUUCCUGAGCUCUGAGGAAGAAAUUUGUAGAAUCCACAAGGAGAAGAAGAAGAUGUUCUGUGAAGUGGACAGAAGCCUGCUGUGUUUGCUCUGCUCUAACUCCCAGGAGCACAGGGCUCACAGACACUGUCCCAUUGAAGGGGCAGCUGAGGACCAGCGGGAUAAACUAGAAAAGCAAAUGAGAUCUUUAUGGGACAAGAUCCAGGAAAAUAACAGAAACCUCAGUGAGGAAGGAAUAUCUCACUUUAUUGCCCUUAGAGAUUAUGUGCUUCUAGUGAGAAAAAUGAUCAGGACUGAAUAUUGUGAGCUUCAUCCAGUUCUCUAUAAGGAAGAAGAACAACAUUUGGAGAACCUGAGAAAGGAGGGCCGAGACCUUUUACAACAACUGAAGAGAAGUGUGGCCAAAAUGCAUCAAAAGAGGAAACAACUGAAGGAGAUGUAUAAGGAAGUGAUGGACAUGUGCCAUAAACCAGAGGAGGAGCUGCUCCAGGAUAUUGGAGACCUACUGAUGAGAAGUGAAACCGUGCAGCUGCACAUUCCCCAGCCUGUGCGUCCAGAGCUCAGUGUCAGAUCCAUCACUGGACUGAUGGACAGAUACAGCCGCUACCGAGUGGAGAUUUAUUUCCACAAUGAAGUAAGCAAUCACCACAUCAGGCUGUUUGAUGAUUUGAGAAACUUCACGUUUAGAUCUCACAAUCAAGAUCAAUCUUUGAAUCCUGAAAAAUCUAACUAUUUUGCUGCUUGGGGAGACCAGGCCUUCACCACUGGGAAGUAUUACUGGGAGCUGGAUGUGGAUGACUCUUGGGACUGGGCUCUAGGGGUCUCUAGAGAUUACCCUAUAUGCAGCCUUGGCACAAUGCUUGUAUCUGGGGACAUGUUUCUUCUUGCAUGUGUGAGGCAGGAUAAUCAGUGCACUCUCUGGACAACCUCACCAGUGAUUCCUCAGUUUAUAGAGAAACCUUUGGGCCGGGUUGGUGUGUAUCUUGAUUUGCAGAGUGGAAGUGUGAGUUUUGUGAAUGUUGACAAGAGUUCCCUCAUAUGGAAGUACCGCACUGGCUCCUUGUCUUUCCCUGUCAGGCCUUUCUUUAUGACUGGACACAAAUGA